AUGGUGGAAGGUGGAGUGACUUUAGUCAAAUACCUCUUGUUUCUUGCCAAUUUUAUUCUAUGGGUAAGUUCAUUUUUCAAUUUACCCUACCCUACCCUACCCUAUCCUACCCUAGCCUACCCUACCCUACCCUACCCUACCCUACACUACCCUACCCUACCCUACCCUACCCUACCCUACCCUACCCUACAAUACCCUACUCUACCCUACCCUACUCUCCUCUAAACCUCCUUACCGUAUCCUAUCCUACAUCUCAGCACAGCUCAUCCCAGCCUAGCCCAAUUCAGCUCAACCUAGUCCAGCUUAGCCCAACGUAGUAAAGCAUAGCAUGGCCUAGCUCAGACUAACUCGUAAUUAAAUUUUUCCAGGUAUGUGGCCUAGGCCUAAUCAUAACCGGAGCGGUGUUACAACUCAAAUACACGGGUCUGUUAGACAUUUUGGGCGAUGAACGGCUAGCGACACCGGUUCUUCUGCUUGGAGCCGGCUGUGUUUGUGCUCUGUUAGGCUUCCUCGGGUGUUGCGGAGCGAUCCGCGAGAACUAUUGCCUCACCGUGAGCUUCGCCAUUCUAUUGGCGUUACUGUUGCUGACGGAAACGGCGGCCGCAAUAGCGGCGUACGCGCUUCAUGAGCCGCUACAUGAAGCGUUGAUCAAUCAACUUACUCAGGUUGGUUUUAAAUUUAAACAAAAUUAGGCUUAGAGGGGUCGGAAUGGAAUUUCAUGGUUUAGGCUCGACGAAUAUUGAUUUAGAUUUGCAAAACUUUUUUUUAUAUUUGAUAUGUUAGGUUUGGGCUUAGGCUUAGUUUUAGGUUUAGGCGUAAGUUAAGUCUUAGGUUUUAGGCUUAAGCUUAGACUUAGUCUUAAGCUUAGGCUUAGGCUUAGGCUUAGGCUUAGGCUUAGACUUAGACUUAGGCUUAGGCUUAGGCUUAGGCUUAGGUUUAGACUUAGGCUUAGGCCUAGACUUAGGCUUAGGCUCAGGCUUAGGCUUAGGCUUAGGAUUAGGCUUAGGCUUAGGCUAAGGUUAGGCUUAGGCUUAGGCUUAGGCUUAGAGUUAGGCUUAAACAAAGACGCAGGCUGAGACUUAGGCUUGUUCUUUAUAUUAGGUCUAGGCUUAGACUAAUUCUUAGGCUUAGGCAUAGGCUUAUUCUUAAUGUUAGGUUUCGGCUUUGACUAGUGUUAGGUUUAGGCUUGCUGCUUUUUUAAAUACAAAAUUUUUUAAAACGCCUUCAGGGCCUUGAAAACUACGACAAAUCGCGAGGCGUGGCAAUGGCGUGGGAUCAAACGCAACGCGAACUCGAGUGUUGUGGUGUGAACAACUCCACCGACUGGUCGACGGUACCAGACUCAUGCUGCACUCAUUUUCAUGUGGGGUGUGCCAAGAUGGCAGUACCUUCAUUUCAUGAAGCCGGCUGUAUUCAAGCGGUUCAGAAGUGGAUUCUCACCAAUGCUGCCAUUGUUGGUGGUAUAUCGGCCGUGGUUGGGGCGGUUCAGAUUAUUGGGAUUUGCUUUGCGUGUUGUUUGUCUAAAAGCAUUCUGAAAGAUUAUCACGACUAUUUUUAUUGA